AUGUCAUCAGGAGCUGUUCUUGAGGCAUGUGUUGACUGUCCGGCAUCUGCGCGAGCUGCCAUCGCCGGCAGAGUCAACUCGAUCGAGCUGUGCGCAGGGCUAGCCACGGGCGGGGUGACGCCGUCGCUGGGCCUGAUCCGAGCCGUGGCGUGCAUGGCGGCAGCGGCCACUCCGCCGGUCCCAAUCACUGUUCUCGUUCGUCUCCGUGACGGCGAUUUUGUCUACUCGCCCGACGACAUCGCUGUCAUGGUUGACGACAUCGCCGCUAUCGGCAGCCUCGCUGCCGAUCUCCCUCCUGGCGCCAUUGCCGGCGUCGCCAUCGGCGCACUCGCUCCCGACGGCACCGCCGACCUAGUGGCCACUGCAGCCAUGGCCAGGGCUGCCCAGGAAGCUGGUCUGGCCAUCACCCUCCAUCGCGCCUUUGACGCCGCCAUCGAUCCCGUGGCUGCCUACCUCGCCGUCGUCGAUCAUCUCGCCGGCGCCGUCUCCCGCGUCCUCACCUCGGGCGGGGCGGCGACGGCGGCAGCAGGCACAGACGCGCUGCACCAGCUCCUCGCCGGGCUUGCAAGCACCACGCACGGGCAGGCGGUGACGGUUGUCGCCGCGGCGGGGCUCUCGCCGACGUCCGCCUCAGGCGUCCUCGCAGCAGGCGCCCACGGCGUCCACGGCUCGUUCUCGACAAUCGUCGUCCGAGCCGACGACGAGGCGGCGGUGGCAGGCGAGGCCAUCGGCUUUGGUCGCGGGCAUAGAGAGACCGAUGCGGAGGUGGUGGCUGCUGUGGCAGACGUGAUGGCCUUGUCGUAG